AUCAACAAAACGCUCUGAAAGUCGUCCGUGCCAGCAAGCCCAGAACGAGAAAAUCCAGCAAGUCAAGUGACUUCAGUGAUAUCACAAACUGGCCCACACCUGGUGAACUGGCCAAAGAGGAAUUUAAGAGGCCUGACGAAGGAUCUAACAACAGAACAGGCAAAAAUCAGCAACAAAAUGUCCUAAACAACAACGGAAAGAAGCCUCCUUCCUCACGCAGAGAGAAGGAGAAGAGGAGGGAGCGAACGGAUAGGAAAUCAGAGAGCAGCCAUGACGGUGGAGAAAGCAAAGAGAACCAGGAGGCUCAGCUGGACCCGCUGGGUGAGCUGCCCAAAGACGGAGAGUCCAAGGCGGGACAGGAUGCCAAGAGCGCCGCCCUGAAGAAGCGAGGAGGUGAGGGUAACAAACGUAAGUGGGUUUCUCUGCCACUGGAGGAAGUGUCCCGGGACGACGGCGACAAGACGCACGGCGGGGACACAGAGCCAGAACCUGACCCCACGUCGCCCAAUCACACACUCCAUAAUAACAGGGCGCAUGAUAGCAGCAGGAGUUGGAGAAGAGAGCAACGGGACUUUGGGGACGAUACCGCCAGCGUCCGAAGUGACGGUGGGAGCGUGCGGGGAGGAAUACGAGGCAGAGGGAAAGGUCGUGGGCGCGGGAGAGGUCGCGGGCGAGGCCGUUAUGAAUACUCUCAGAGCUUCCGGGACUCUCAGUCGUCUGAUGGCUCCUCUCAGGUCCCGUCAGAGUUUGGCACCAACAUGGUUUACUACUACGAUGACGGCAACAAGGUCCAGAUGUACACAGUGGACGAAAAGCUUCUCAAAGAAUACAUCAAACGCCAAAUUGAGUACUACUUCAGCCUCCACAACCUGGAGCGAGACUUCUUCCUGAGGAGAAAGAUGGACGCGCAGGGCUUCCUCCCCAUCUCCCUCAUCGCCAGCUUCCACAGAGUGCAGGCUCUCACUAUGGAUAUCAGCCUCAUCAUGGAGGCUCUAAAGAGCAGCAAAGAGGUGGAGCUGGUGGACAAUAAGGUUCGCUGUAAAUCCGACCCCGAGCGCUGGCCCAUUCCCAGCCCUGCCGUCGUGGGUUCCCCUCGGACCGACUUCUCCCAGCUCAUCAACUGUCCAGAGUUUGUUCCUAGACAGACGGUCAACUCCACGAACUCCGCCUCAUCGCCUGUGACAAAGACUCCUGAGUCUGCUGAGCCCGAGGACUCAGCUGAGCCCAGCUCCUCCAGCCAGGAGUCACUCCCGACUGCAGACGCCUCCAAAGACGCCCCCGCCCCGCAGCCCGACCCCGACGCCUGGAUCCAGGUGGAGAAACGCCACCGACAGCCCCCCGGAAAGACAAAGCAUUCAGUCAGGGAUGAUGUGUGUGCUGUCAGCCCUUCUCCUUCCUCAGAGCUUCAACCCGACCUCCUGCCCUUUGCAGAGCGUGGCGAGACGCUUCCACGCAGCCACCAUGCUCCUCCGCAGGCCGAGCCCGACCAGGAGGAGCUGGACUUCCUGUUCGAUGAAGAGAUGGAGCAGAUGGCGCCGAGGAAGAACAGGUUUACAGAUUGGUCAGACGAGGACGACUCGGACUAUGAGAUGGACGACCAAGACGUCAACAAGAUCCUUAUCGUCACCCAGACCCCUCCCUACAUCCGUAAGCACCCCGGUGGCGACCGGACGGGCAACCACGAGUCCAGAGCCAAACUCACCACGGACCUGGCUAAGGCCAUCAACGACGGGCUGUACUACUACGAACAGGACCUGUGGAAGGGAGAGGAACAGAUCGAGUGCAGCAAGCAGGAAGUGGAGAACUUCAAGAAGCUGAACGUGAUCAGUAAAGAUGAGUUUGACACUCUCACCCCCAAAGUGCCCGUUGACCCAAACCAGGAAGUCCCGCCUCCUCCAAUGCCAGUGGACAGCGGAGCAGAAUUGGCCCGGUCUCUGCCCACAACGGUCCCAGAGUCACCCCACACUCACCAACCCCGAACCCCCAAAACGCCUCGCACCCCCGGACGCCAGGACCCCAACAAGACGCCUCGCUUCUACCCCGUCAUGAAAGAGAGCGGCACCAUCGACGGCCAGACGCCGAGGAAGAAGAAAACGAGCCACAGUUCGAACCCUCCUCAGGAAGCCCACAUCGGCUGGGUGAUGGACUCCCGUGAACACCGGCCGCGCUCUGCAUCCAUCAGCAGCUCCAACGCCUCCCCAUCAGAAGGAGCCCCGCUGACAGGAAGUUACGGAUGCACCCCCCAGUCUCUGCCCAAAUUCUGGCAUCCAUCCCACGAGAUGCUGAGGGACAACGGCUUCACUCAGCAGGGAUACCACAAGUACCGCCGACGGUGCCUUAACGAGAGGAAACGGUUGGGGAUCGGCCAGUCUCAGGAGAUGAACACUCUGUUCAGGUUCUGGUCCUUCUUCCUGAGGGACAACUUCAACAGGAAGAUGUAUGAGGAGUUCAAACAGUGUGCGCUGGAAGAUGCCAAAGAAAACAACAGGUACGGACUGGAAUGUCUCUUCAGAUACUACAGCUACGGUUUGGAGAAGAGAUUCAGGUUAGAUCUGUUCAAGGACUUUCAAGAAGAGACCCUCAAGGACUUUGAGAAAGCCCCCGAUGGGAGAGGAGGGAGGCAGGAGGAGACGUCACUCAUCCUCGGCCGGGGAUGAAGGGAGGCGUCGGCGACAUCCUUCCAACUCUACCUCAAAACCCACGCAGGCCUCCAAAUCCUCUAACGCCGCCGCUCACCCUGCCGCCGCCGCCACCGCUGCCGCUCAGAACACACCCAAAGACAACGCCCAGAAAUCAGCAGCAGCCACCGCCCCGAGGAAAAAGGCCGAGCCCGGAGCAGUGAAGAAGGAAAGCGUCGCACCAAGUAAAUGAAGCUCCCCUCCUGUAGGUGUGGGUUCGGAUAGAAGAGAAGUAGAGCGAGGCGGCGAUGAUGGCGGCGGGCGGAAGCAGCUCUGAGCUCAGCGUUCGUUCUUCUCAGCGGCAAACUGUUUGGGCAUGAAGAGCGACUGCGCGUGGUUGACUUAAAUUUGACUGUUUUUAUCUGUGCAUUUCAUUUUAAAAGCAAAAACAAGCAUAGGCAGUGAGCUUGAAUCUGUGCGCCUGACAGCUCGUAACGUUUACAAAAAAAACAAAAAAAAAAUGCAUUCCCUGCAUUUUGCCUUUUUAUUCUCUCAGAUGCCAAAAACUUCCUCAACAACCUGUUGAUCUCCACAAUCUGUAAACAGCUCUGGUCUGUAAAGAGCUCUCUCAGCCUUGUUUUUUAAAACUGUGAUUGUAGUUUGCCAAGAUAAGAGAUACUGCAGACAGUCCUGUGUGCCUUAAUCUGAUUGAGCAGAGAGACAGGAGGCCUUUCAGUGGCAGAAGAAUCCAAAUUUUGCUCUUUUAAAGUCUUCCCAAUCGAUUAUUUUGGGUUUUGAAUAUGUUUAAAAUCUGAUACCACUUCAGGUUUUUAUUUUCUCGAGACAUAAAUAUCCUCAGUUUUUUUUUAAUUUUUUAUUAUCAUGACAAUCAAGUUGACAGCUGCAGUCAUAAAUUUGUGAAGGACUGACCCCGAGGCAGCUGCUCCGUAACAGAUGUGCCCUGAUGUUUUUUAAAGUCUGACUCACGAAGGCUUCCUGGCUUAAACUUCAUCACGUCGGUUUUCGAUUUAAAAAAUAAUAAUGACACAUUUUAUCUGGGAAGCUUUAGGUCCCAUUUUACACCCAGAGGUAGUAUAAUUUAUUGUUUUUGUUUUUAUUUUUCCAUGUACUUGAUUUGAUGGAAUAGUCUUCGGUAAUCAUUGCAGUUUUUAAUGGCUUUUUGCUAUUGAAUAUGAUAUAUAUAAAAAAAGAGGAAAUGUUUCUGCUGGAAUUAUGGGUGUGAGCUAGCAUCAUAAAAAACUACAGUAUAUUUUAGCUUGAAGUUUACUUCAUAUUAUGUUUGAGGCUUAGUGCUCCAGAAGCACUUAAAUCUUUCCUUUUACGUUAUCAAUGGACUUAAAGAGGUUUUUAGAGUUGAAUUUUAAAAGAAAAAAAAUGUAAAUACUAUAAAAAAUCAUUUGCUAUUCAAUUAUUCUUUUUGAUUUUAAGAAGUGAUUUUUGUUUUAUCUCGGUAGUUUUGGUUUUUUGAGUGUGUUUUUAGGAUAAAGCAAUGCAUGUGUUAAUGCCAGAGUCUUGAAUUGUAAAAUGCAAAAAAAUAUAAAAUAACAGUUGAUUGUAUGAACUGUGUGUGUGUCUGUUUGGUGUGUGUUAUCUGUCCUACUUUGUGUUGGCUCUAUCUUGUUACUUUCUCUGGUGUCCCUCAGGGCGAGGCAUCAAGCCUGAUCAGCAGGUUUUUUUUUUUUAAUUAUUUGUUCCCAACAACAGUCGAGGGUGAAAUUCACGCUGCCGUCGCUCAGAUUAAAAACUGUCUGAUGAUCUCGGUCGACUGUAAACCUUAAGUCCCACUAAAGUGCAUUUCAGCAGUUAUCAUCUCGCAGAGUAAACAAGCAGUUAGGAGGAAAAUGUGUUUACACAGAUUGUGCAAACAGCAGACCGAUAACAGCUGAAUAAAAAGGGCAAAUGGUAGAGAGUGUUAGCUAAAAAACAAUCACCGAACAAUGUCUGAAAUGGCAUUUAUUGUUUUAAAAAGGCUUUAUUUUGCCCACAUGAUCAUAAUUUCAUACCACUGUGACACCAACAGAAGAGGAAACAACAACAAUAAACAAACAAACAACCUUUCAGUAAAUGUAUGAAGAAAUAAAGUUCAAUGUUUAA